AUUGAUAUCGAACCAUUUGAUACAAUCGACGACAUCAGAUGGAAAGUGCACGGUCAACUCGGAAUCCCACCAGAGCAACAGAGGGUCAUCUAUGCCGAAGAACAGCUAGAAGAUGGCCGGACGCUCUCCGACUACAUUAUUUUUCAUGAAGCCACAUUGUCUCUCAUGCCCCGCUUGAGAGGC